CUCUUAUCGCCGUUAUUAUUAGUAUAAUUUUUCCGCUCUUUAUUCUACAAAAGAAGAAAAUGCCGUCCAACCCCGCCUUUAAGGAAAAAUGGAAGGAAGAACUAGAACAUUGGUUUAACUCAAUCGAACCCAAAAUUGAGAAAGAUGAGAAUGAUGAUGAAAUUUACCAUGUAGAUCCAGUCAUUCUUGUUGAAUGGAACGAAGCUGGUUUAACCCAGCGAGGAAUAAUUAAGGCUAACGUGAUUGCUGUCAUUACUGGCACUAAUCCAGCCAUUCGCCAGUAUAUUGAUCCUGAUUUUGUCGCACCUGGAAAUCCUGGAAAUCAACAAGGACCUGUUGUAUCAGAUUCAAUAUUCUGCAUAGACGCCGGUAACCGCUCUCACCAAAUCUACUUGCAUGUUAUUAGAAGAUUGCAAGCAGCUUACUUGCAAAAUAACGCUCCAGAAGCGCCUUCGUUAGGUCGUGUGUUUUGGGUAACCUCUCCUAGAGCAAAUACUUUGCAAAUCGAUGAAACUUACAAUGUUUUUACUUUUUAAAAAGAAUAAAUUUACAAACAAAACGAAUAGUAUCCAUGUAAUAGCAAUCAAGAUACUAGUCUAAUCUUAUUGUACAUUAUUUCUGUAACGCUAGUCGAAU